AUGGCUCCCAAGAGACGGCUCGAACGGCCUGCAAUUUUGUACGUGGUCGCUGCGGUGGCUGGCGUGGAAAAGUUCAGAUCCGCCAUCUGGCAGUUUGACAAGAUCGUCCUGACCACACAAAAGCUGCUGCGCGCGGCUAAGAUCCUCAACAUCCCCGUCUACGUGACGACACAGAAUGGUGCCCGGCUCGGCGCCACUGUCUCGGAGCUUCAGCCUCUUCUCGCUGGUGUAAGCAACGUCGACAAGACGUAUUUCAGCAUGUGGGUGCCCGAGAUCUCACAGCACUUUGACUCGGACAAGCCCAGCGAGGUCGUCAUUGUAGGCAUCGAGUCGCACGUCUGCGUCACCCAGACGGCGCUCGACCUGCUCGAAGCUGGCCACAAGGUGUACGUCCUGGCCGACGGCGUCAGCAGCUGCAACCAGCAAGAAGUGCCAAUUGCUCUUGCCAGGCUGCGCGCCGAGGGUGCCACGGUCACGACGAGCGAGAGCUUCCUGUUUGAGUGCAUGGGCGAUGCUGGGAUCCCAGAGUUUAGAGAUAUGUCGAAGCUGAUCAAGGAGACGAGUGGAGACACCAAGACGGCGCUUGGGGGCACAUUGAGCAAGAUAUAA